AUGGUUGUUCUCCGCCUCACUGUCAAAAUUCCUCCGGCGGAGGUUGCGGGAAAGACUGCAUCCCCGCCGAAAUCCACCACUUUCAUGCUGCCUGUCUAUGAGCCAGAAAAGAUGAAAUUAGGGGAACUCGCGUGGCGAAUCACUGAACAAUGGAGGAAACUCUGUCCAGAUGCACCACCGCUGAAAAUAAAAAAAUUGCUCGACGAUGAAUAUGAUGGCGUUGAACUUGAUUUGGAGCUAACCGUUGCCGAUGCUUUUGUGGACUUUGGCAAAGCGCGAAUAGACAGUUGUGAUCAACGAGCAACCAUUCGCGUUGUGCAGGAGCCAGCCCAAGAACCUCUCAGGUAUCAAUCUGUUGCUCAAGACUGGAACAGUGCUGCAGAGUACUACAGUAAAAAUGCUCGUUUCACAAAAACCCGCCCACCGGUCCCCCUAUUUGCCUGCAGCCAACCUUCUCUAGCGAAUCAAAAACCACCCGUUCAGCCUGGGCAGGUGAGGGCAUCUAUAGAACAAUACGAUCUAACCAGACAUUCAUUAUCUACUGAAAAGCCUGAAAAGACAUCAAAGAGACCAGUUGAGUCAGUCGCUAUCUCCUCUAAACAUUCUAAGCAGGGGGCGACGUUUCGAAAUGAAGAGAAUAAAGCAGAACAUACCCGUUCUGCUAGCAACGUAAAGAAAUAUCCCAAAGUCGCAGUUGAAAUUAAAACAGCUAGCAGCCAAGGAGCCAAAAUGAGAGUACCCCCGAGAAACAACAUCAACGCAACUUCGAAGAGAGGAAGGCUGAGCGUAACCGAUCGUUAUCUGAUUGAGUCGCGCCAGAGUGAUUCGUCCCUCACAAAAAGGCCACGCCGCAGCUGUCCUAUGGAUGCUACCCAUCUGUCUGCAUCAGAUAAUGAUGAGCCUUUGCCAAAACGUCGUAACACAACCUCAAGAAGAAAUAUCUCUGCCGUCAAGGAACAGACAGAGGGCCUUGGGCUAAUUUCUAGACAAGGCGACGAUCCUGAUACGGAAAGUAUUCAAGACCUAACCACUUUAUUCGCAAAUUCAGAUGAAGCAGAGAUAACUGAAGAUAUAUACACUAAAAAUUCCAAAACAAGCCCGAUCAAAGACCAAUCAAGAAAGCGCUCUAUAACAAACCUCCAAAAAAAUGAAGUGAACCAGGAUUAUGCCAAAGACAUAUCCAAGCCUAACGUGGUUGAUUUAACUACUACAGUUCCUAGUUCUCCCGACAACCAGUCAUGUUUGCGCUCACCCAAGUCUGGUCAACAGAGCCCACCGGCCGGGCCAUCCAUUCCCACGCCAACAACCGAUAUCGUAACGCCUAGCAGAAAGCACAAGCUAAAUACACGGAGAUCUGACAGUCUCAAAGGCUCCAUUGAUUCCGAGGUAGUCACGCAUGACGGAGCUAGCCAUGUCCCAGACCGGGUUCACCGGAUGCCACUCGACGAUAUCGCCCAGGAAAAGCUCUUGGAACGAAAGCUGGAAAAGGCACGAGAGCGACGAUGCUCGAUGAAAGAGAUUGACCAACGUGCGCUCCUCCUAGGCCUAACUGAGCAACUUCACACUACUGAACAACUUGGUGAGCUCCCCAAAGUUACUCGGCUUCAAGCUCAAGUCAAAAAUGCCGAAGUCGAUUUAGAGAAAAUAAUGAUCGAAAUGGGCGAAGAAGGAGUAGAAAAUGAACAUAAUAAUGACCACCCGUCUUCUUAUCGCAGCCCCAGUCCUACCUUGUCUUCCGGAUAUAGCCCAAAAGAGGGUGAUUCCAAAACUCCAAAAGAUGACACAUCAGGAAACCAAUCACCUUCUGCAAAUUCGCUUACUGCGAGCGAACUUAAGUCCAAUACCAAGGGCCGCCGUUCGUCAGCUAGUGAAGAUAAAAGUAUGCGCACUGCUAGUCUUGAUUCGAAAACAAACUUGACCACUAAGAGUAUUGAAAGAUCCGAGUCGAGUAAAAGUAGCUUAGUGGCAAAUGAAAUUCCAGACCAUGAUGUACCUGGAAGCGAUAUAUCUAGCCGCGGCGCUUCUACUCCUCAAAGAGUUCCGUCACAAGAUAUCAACAACCCCAGCUCUCACAGCGGCUCUGAUUCAGAUCAAGAUAUCGACUUGGAGAAAGAACAGCCUACUCGCAAUGACCAAAGCUCAGAGCCCGAAUAUGUUGCGAAGGGCAUGUCAUUCGCGAAUUUUGGGUCAGAUAUGAGCAUCGAUUCUGAUUCGGAUUGCCAUAGCCAUAUUUACAAAUCUCCAAAUAAACCACUGCCAGUGGAGAAGACCUCAGUAAAGACAAGAACUGCGUUUUCUACUCCUUUUGACAAACGAAAUUCUACUUCAUUGUCACUAUCCCAACCAGUACCCGCUACUGACAAUUUGACGCCGGAGUUUGUUAAGGCUAGCUCUUCCACCAAACACCGAAAGACCACUCGACCGACUCUCAAGUCACUCCUUGAGGAGCAAAAGCCAAAGGGUUUAGAGAAAGGAGGCGCCGCCCCUAGCAAAUCCGCCCGCCCCGUAAAACAACCUAAAACAUUCCUACGACAGAGCUUGGACACCCUUAGUGCUACCGCAAAACGGUCAUUCUCCCGAAAACUAUAA